AUGGGUGAUGAAGAGCAGAGUUGGUGCGAUCGUCUUGCAGAGACGUGGUUCUGUCAUGCAAAAGGAUGUGUGGGUUCGUGUGAUCCUCCUAGUCCGCUCUACGGUCUUCCAUUACCAUCACGAGAGGGCUUUAUCGCUCACGUGAUGCAAGCUGAUCAAUCGCUUGAAGCCUUGCACUCAAUGGCCUCUCGUGGGGACAGUGUGGUGGAGUUGGUGGCAGAGGUUGUAGUGAUGGUGGGAGUGUGUCGUCGUUAUCGCAAAAUGCCAAGAAAGGAUGCAGACGGAUCACACCUAGCAAUUGAUGCGGGGACGAAUCUCGCCUCCAUGGUUGGUUCCAUAAACAAACGUUCAUUGUACGAGGUAGUGUUUGUGCUGACAGCCGAUACAGACAAUGUUGGUGCAAGUCGUCACGAGCGCGUGAGGAGUCACCUCGUCUGCUCAUAUUGA